ACAGCGCCAGUGUGAAGCAGCAGCGCUACACGUGAGAGCGCACACAGCGGUCAUGUACAGGUUUGAGGUUUAGUGAUGUACGAGAGAAAAAUGUAAGUUUAAGUUUUUUUCGGACAGUUUACCGGAGGUUCUCUUUACGACGCUAUUCCGCCGCCCGCGGUCUGAAAAGUAUCAGCCGCGUCUCGGUUCCGCUGUUAGCUGUCAGUUAGCCGUUAGCUGAGGUGAACUUUACUGAGAAGAAAUGCAUUCCGCCAAGACUGUCUGCCUCCGCCUUGUUUCCGAGCAGCUGCUGAGGAAAAACUGCUACCCGUCAAGAAGUUUAAGUCCUUUAGUUUAUUUUCAGGCUCUGUUUUCCAGCGGUGGCGUUCGUCAGUCAUCUCCGACAGCUUCCCAGCCGGCUGUGAUCCGCAUCCCGCGACACAUGCAGGAGCGGAUAGAGAAUGUCAGACAGGUGAAAGACAAGAGCUUCGCCAAAGUGCCUACAGUAAGACCCGGUAGACUGCUGAUUAAGAGCAAGAACCCACAGCACAACCAGUCUGUUAGCUACACGUUGGGGAAGUUUGAAGAACCAGUUCUCGCAUCGAAAGGGUGGAAAAGCAGUAAGUCUUUUGGGGACUACUUUAUCAUAAACAGCACGCAGGACGCUCCGCCGUUUGUCUCAGACUGUGAGGAGGAGAGUAAAAAGGCUGGGCGUGAGCGAGCUGCUCAGAGAAGGACAUUUGCCAGCCUUCAUCUUUGCACUGAACUAGUGGAGACUCUGCAGAGCCAAAAUAUAACUCAUCCCACUUCUGUGCAGAUGCAGACCAUUCCCAGACUGCUGCAGGGACAUAAUGUUCUAUGUGCUGCGGAGACAGGUAGUGGAAAAACGCUUGCCUACCUCCUCCCUGUUAUCCACAAGUUACAUGAGAUGCAACUAGAAGCAGUUCACUCUGAACAGAGGAUGCAGGCGGUUGUCCUUGUGCCUUCACGAGAGCUGGCGGAGCAGGUCACGUCAGUCGCGAGGGCCAUGGGUCAACCAUUUGGACUACAGGUGAAGGUAGUGGGAGGGGGGCGUGGGAUUGGGAACAUCAAAGCUGCGUUCUGCCACGGUCAGCCACACAUUCUAGUAGCCACCCCUGGAGCCCUGCUGAAGGCGCUAUGGCGGCGCUUGGUGGAUCUGAGUGAGCUUCGUUUCAUGGUAGUGGAUGAAGCCGACACCAUGUUUGACCCCAGCUUUGUAAACUUGCUGGAGAAAAUCCUGUCCCAAACCCAGGUAGCUGCCAGCCUCGCUGAGACGGCUGGCCCGACCCCUAAAGCCCAGCUGGUGGUGGUGGGCGCUACCUUCCCUGGAGGAGUUGGGGAACUUCUCAGCAAAGUAACUGAUCUGGGCAGCUUGGUGACAGUCAAGAGCCGGAUGUUGCAUUACCUGAUGCCGCAUGUGAAGCAGACUUUUCUGAAAGUAAGGGGCUGUGAGAAGGUUCUGGAGCUUCACCAAGCUCUGAAGGAAGUGGAGCCUGAAAAGAAAGGUGUGUUAGUUUUCUGCAAUGCAGCAGCCACCGUCAACUGGCUGGGCUACACGCUGGAAGAGAUGGGCGUGCGUCACAUGCGGCUUCAGGGAGAAAUGCCGGCAGCCAUGAGAGAGGGAAUCUUUCAGAAGUUCCAGAAAGGGCACAUUGAUGUUCUGCUCUGUACUGACAUCGCUUCCCGAGGACUUGACACACAAAGGGUGGGGUUGGUGGUGAACUAUGACUUCCCCGAAUCCCGUACGGACUACAUCCACCGUGCAGGUCGUGUGGGCAGGGCAGGAGGCUCAGGUGGAGGACACGUUCUCAGUUUUGUUACUCAUCCAUGGGAUGUAGAGCUGGUACAGAACAUUGAGACUGCGGCCAGGAGAAGAACAUGUUUACCAGGGAUGAACAAAGAGAUUCAUAAACCCAGCCCCAAAACAGAGUCACAGGAGAUAAAGUGAACACACAAAUUUACAGCCCCCCCUUUGAUAUUUGUGUAUUUAAAUAACUUGCUAAAGAAUACCUAUACAACUAAAGACUUCUAUUGUGUAUCAUAGUAAUUUGACUGAACAGAGAAUUGUUGAUUUUACACAUUAAAAAAGUUGUAUAAAAUGUGAAACGGUUGUAAUAAUGUGCUGCAGAUUGUCGGUUCGAAAGUUGAUUGUUUUUAGGUUUGACUGUACUUAUACAUUGACAGUAGAACAGUUUAGGGCUUAAGGUUGAUUGUGUUUCUGGUUAAAAUGUUACCCAUUCACAUUUUGUUCCAAUCAUUAAUGCCUUUAACAGUGCCUUUAAUUUCACUUUUAUACUGUCCAGACUCAGAUGUCCCAGGCUAGAAUAAGAGUGGCUCUUGGACUGGCUGUAGAUUUCUAGGAAAUCUUUUAAUUGAUGGAGAACUUUUACAUUUUGUGGAAGUUUUUAAUCAUUGUAUGAUUUGUUAAAGUGGCUCUUUUAAGAGCCAUCUUUUGAAAAUUUCUUGAGGAAACCAAAGUGGUUCUACUAUGGCAUUGCUUAAAAUUACCAUUUGUGACCCUUUUAUUUUAGAGGUGUUUAAUUUUAAAAACUUGCAUAGCAGCACUUUGCAUUUGGAUUUACUUUGGAUUUCAUCCUGUCUAAACUCUGAUGUCCCAUGUGGUAGAAAAUAGGGCUGUCAAUAUCGAUUACUAGGAAAAAAAAAAAAGUGAAAGUAAGUUAAUGCAAUCUCACAAAUUUUAAUGCACAAUUAUGGUUUAUUUGCUUAAUUAAAAAAUGUGAGCCUGUACAGAAGCACUGGCACAAUUUCCAGUUUUUUCCAGUGUUAAACUCGGUCAAAGAAAUUGUGCCCUAAAAUGAGCCAAAAAUGCCAUAUUUAAGUUUAUUUGGCUGCCAUUAGUGUUGGCCAAGGCACAGCUUGUGGACUGCUGCGAGUGCUCAUUGCUUGUGUAUGUACUUGCUUAUGAGUAUUAGGCAUGUAUGUUGCUGUAGAAAAGGAAGGUGCUUUUUCAGCCUGUUGAUCGCCCUGAGCUUCCAUUGCUUAUCCAUACAAUUUUUAUCAAGGUAUUUAUUGCACAUUUAAAUGUCUAAAAAAAACCUAAUUUUCAUUCUGGAUUCACUGAACCCUUAUACAUCCACAGUAGAACAGAUAGUGAAUGUGUUAUAACUUUAACCAUUCAGGUUUUGUUCCAGCAAUUAAUGCCGUUGGUUUCACUUUUUUCCUUUCCAAAUUUGGGUGUUAGGCAAGAACGCUAUUACUAGUAUUAAGAAGUUCCUAAAUGGUUCUCAGCCUGGGUGAUGUUUUUAGAAGAAAGCUUUUGGUGUAAAUUAUUUACAUUAUGUGGAGGUUCUUUAAACUUUAAAAAGAUUCUUCACAGCUGUUUAAAAAAAUAAAUGGUUCUGUCUUUGAAAGUGUCUUUAAGGAACCAAAAUAGUUCUUCAAUGGCACAAAAGUGAUAUAUGAAUACAGAAUUUAUUUAUUUAAAUGAUUGCUGUAGAAAAUAAACCAUGCAUAGUAGUACAUUG